AUGGAGGGCCGACAACCCAAUGGGAGCAGCUGGGAGAAAAAUAGCCUAGGCUAUCCCGACCCAGGCUACUGUGAGAGCCUUUCAACAGUCUCAAUGUCCCACUCCCAAAUCAACUAUAAAAGCCUGGUGAUUCCUGAUAGAACUAAUUUUCACAAAUUCCAUCACUACAGUUAUACUGUUGAUUAUGUCUCCUAUCACCUUAUCCAGUCAGAUAGGAUUCUGCCUUUCAUGGCCAUUCCCAGUGUUGCUUGGAUACUGCUUUCUGGACUCAUUCUGCCAUAUCAAGUGAAAGGGGAAGACCUGCACAAGGAAGAGCUGUCUCCAAGGAUCAGUUGUCCCAGAGGCUCUGUGGCCUAUGAGUCCCUCUGCUAUGCCUUGUUUCUGUCACCAAAAUCCUGGAUAGAUGCAGUUAUGGCAUGCAGAGAGAGGUUCCAAGGACACCUUGUGUCUGUGCUCACUCCCUCCGAAUCUUACUUCGUGGCCUAUCUGAUCAGGAACACGGGGACAAAGCAUGAGAACAUCUGGAUAGGAAUCCAUGACCCCACAGAGCCCAAUGGAGGCGUCUGGAUAUGGGUCAAUGAUGAUGUGAUGAAUUACCUGGCCUGGGAGAAAAAUACCACAGGCCAUCCUCUAUGGACACUCGGCUACUGUGGGACCCUUGCAGCAACCUCAAAUUAUCAACAAUGGAGAGAUUAUGACUGUGAUCAAAAAUUACCUUAUGUCUGUAAAUUCAAGGGUUGA